GAUAAGGUUUGGUGUACAUCCACAGGUACACUGUAUGCUGGAUUACUUAACGAGAGUUUUCUUCAGUACUAUGAUAAGGCAUUCAGAGGUACUCGUAACGCGAUUGCAGUAAUGGUGGCAGUUGAGGUACGUUGGCAGGAGGAAUUGUCCAGCGUUGGCCAGUCAUACAGUCCGUCCUUACUGACCACUACUGUAAACGCUCUGAUCAUCUGUCUAGCUACCUGCCUAAGACAGAAAACAUCGAAGAGCGUUACCUACAACAAUUCGACCAAGAUCUGUGGUUGCUAUGACAGCCUAGCCAAUAUAACGCCAUUGCAAGGAAAUCACUUAUGGAGUCGUAAGAUUGACGGGUACACAUAUAAUCAUCAACUUGGUUGGUAUAUCAAGAUUAUAGCAGACCAAUGGCUGACACACCCGGCUGCAGAUGCUUCAUGUGCCAACGAUGGAGCAAGGUUGAUUGUUUUGGAUACAGUGGCUAAACACACGUAUAUCACUGGAUUGCCAGGCGUGAAGUAUGGUAAUUAUUACCACAUUGGGGGUACAGAUGAGGCUGUCGAAGGCACAUUUGUUUGGGAAACCGGAAGUGUAGUUCAGCAUGGUUCCCUUUGGGCUCCUUUACAACCAGAUAACCACCUAGGCAAUCAGAACUGUAUGGUUAUAUUUCAAUGGAAAUAUGAUGAUGUAUUCUGUACGGAUACAAUGAAUUUUAUAUGUGAAAUGGUAUAA